AUUUCCUUCCCUGAUAGUUCUUGUGCUUCGAUGUGUAAUGUUGUCUAAUUGAUAUUCUUAGUAUUGUUGUGGAAAGGCCUAACUCAUUAGUGACUGUCACUGGAGCCAGUACGUUAUAAUCGUAGUCUUCCUGCGAAUAGCCAUCGCUGUCAGGAGCUGAAGCAACCACUUGCAAUUCCACAUUGCCAUGUUUGAAAGAACGAUAUGAACGUGAUUUCGUUGAUGCGAUGCCGCCAGGUCUGGAACACAGCGCGGUGUAGCUCUGUAACCGGCGUGCUGCCUGGUGUUGGCGGGACCGAAUCACCAGCGGCACGCCAGGUUUUGCCGAGAGCUCGUCCCGUGCCCGCACACAGCCUGUUCCCGACCCGCAGUUUGAGCUGGUCGCUAUUUGGCAGUCGCAACAAGAGCAACAGCGAUGGCCAGGACUCGGAUAGUGAGAACGGGGACGAUGCAUCGUCGUCUGACCCUUCGAACACUACGGCUGUCAAGACAGAGAUUCAGCUCUCGCCAUACACCAUCAAUACGGUGAUCUCGGCGGAGAGGGCCAAGCACUUCUAUCUGCUCGAGCAGGGGCAUCUUGACCAGCUGGAAUCGGUGCUGCCCAUUCGCAGUGCGUACGCCAGUGGCGACCGCGAGCAGAUGUACCCGCUGUCCGCCGUCCAGGCCAAGUCUAUUGAAGUAUGGGGUAGUCUUAGCAAUCUUCAUGAUCAGCAGCGUCGACGCCAAGAUCUGCUCGAUGCUGAGGAAAUGCGUCAACAAAUUAUGCGUGCCUUCCACCACAAGACGACCAAGAGAAAACCGCCGCUGACCAACAAAUUUGACAUCACGUCCCACCAUUGCAGGGUUAUCCUCUACGCUAUCUGUGGAAAUUCUCUUGUGUGUGCGCUGAAAACCGGUGCGUACGUCUGGACUGGCUCUCACUCGAUGCUUGCUGAGAGCUUCCACUCGGCAUUCGAUGUUGUUAACCAGUCUCUACUACUGCUUGGCUACUACAAGUCAUGCUCCUCACCUUCUUAUGACCAUCCGUAUGGUCACACACGUCAGAUCUACGUAUACGGUCUGUUCAGUGGUUUCUCGUUGUUCUUCAUCGGCGGACUGUACAAUAUCUACACUGGUAGUCUGGCUUUCUUGGAGCCGCAUGGACUUGAGUCUCUGCAUCUGGCCUUUCUUAUGCUAACUGGAUCGUUUGUUGUCGAAGGAGCCACGUGCUACCAGGCAUUUCGUCGUGUCAGCCAGCUUAGCCGGGAAGCGGGACUCAGCUUCUUCUCAUAUGUUCAGCACGGCAGCGAGUCCAACAGCAUUCACGUGCUGACCGAGGACUUCUUCUCCAUCUGCGGUCUGAGCAUAGCUUCUCUCUCGCUGCUGAUCAGUCACUAUUCUGGCAAUGCUAUGUGGGAUGCCGGUGGUAUGGUACUCAUUGGAGGACUGCUCACGUUAGCAUCAUUCUCAAUCAUUCGACGUAACCAGAACAUGUUGGUGGGAAAGUCCAUACAACCUCAGGUAUUGUCCAAGAUUAUAGAACUGCUGGAAGAGGACCGCAUCAUCAGCUCCGUGCAUGACACCAAGGGUGUUGUUAUCGGUGCCAACGCUAUUAGUUUCAAAGCCGAGAUUCUUAUCGAUGGUAGAGAACUAGCUGCUCUGACCAUAGCACGUCACGCCGACACCAACUCCUACUUCAAGUCGAUGACCAAUCUGAGCAGUGACAUUCAGCGGCAACAGUUUCUUCACCGUUUUGCCACAGACAUGACCAAUGAGUUGGGAGAACACAUUGACUUUGUAGAAAAAGCUAUCAAGGCCAAAUUCCCGUCGGUGCGUCACAUCGACUUGGAAAUCCUCUAGACACCCGAAUGUAUGUUAUAAUACUGUACCCUCCCAAGCCCCCCCCCCCCCCCCCCAUUUCUAGAUGAUUUAUGACGACCUGUGCGUCCUGAAUGGGCUUCUUUGAAGCCUGUAUACUUUGCGACGACGCUUUCUAUUCACACGCGUGGAUUGUAUAUUAGCCAUUUUUUCAUUUCUUUUACUCCCCCUGUGCUGGUGUUUCGCAACUAUUAAUUUUCUUUUUUUGUUGUCCUAUCGGGGAGUUAGCCCACCAUCACCUACAAUAAUGAUGUCAUGUCAUGUCGUGUCUGUCUGUCUGUAACCUACCGUAAUUGUAUCACUUGUAUGCAUUGUGUGUAACGUUACUUCAACGAACAAAAAAUGUAGAUUUCCA